UGGCGGCAGGGCACGUGGUUACUAAGCGACGUCUCUUUAAGAAGUGUCGCGUGAAGUUUGUUGCGUUCUGCGCUCUGUUGUUCGCGAGCGCGCGGCAAGGAGAAGAGCAGAAACGCUCAGAGCGAAGAUUCAGUUUAUCGCGAUUUAAAGUGUUUUAAGGCAUUUCUUAUCGUUUUUGACGGACUUUUAUCGUCGGCGCUCGACAUGGAACUACUUUUGCGGGACGGGACAGCGACCAAAACUCUUUUUUUGACGAACACUUUCAGUGUUUUUGUGUUUUGGACCUGCUGCAGUGUUUUCAGCCCGCUGUAGCUUUUAGAUUGGCCUGCAUAUCUCAAGCCUUCAGAGAUUAGGCACAGAUAAAGAUUAGUGGGUGCCAAACAAGCCCCAAGUGUUGGAGGAAUGCUGAAUGAAAUGGCCCAUGACAAUGAGCUGCUCGGAGCUGCUGAGAUUAUCAGAGAUCGGUUAUAUUUUGCGACUCUUCGAGGCAAGCCGAAAAGCACAGCAAACACGCAUUACUUCUGCACCGAUGAUGAGUUUAUCUAUGAAAACUUCUAUGCAGAUUUCGGGCCUCUCAAUUUGGCCAUGCUGUACCGGUACUGCUGUAAACUGAACAAAAAGUUGAAGUCCUUCACUCUGUCAAGGAAGCGGAUCAUCCAUUACACCAGCUACGACCAGCAGAAAAGGGCCAACGCCGCCUUCCUGAUCGGUGCCUACGCUGUAAUCUACUUAAAGAGGACUCCAGAGGAGGUGUACCGUGCCCUGAUAUCUGGAACUAAUGUGUCAUACCUGCCCUUCAGAGAUGCUGCCUUUGGGAACUGCACAUACAACCUGACCAUCCUUGACUGUUUACAAGGCAUCCGCAAAGCCCUGCAGCAUGGAUUCUUCGACUUCGAGACGUUUGAUGUUGAAGAGUAUGAGUAUUAUGAGCGUGUAGAAAAUGGUGACUUUAACUGGAUCGUGCCUGGAAAGCUGCUGGCCUUCAGUGGGCCUCAUCCCAAGAGUAAAAUCGAGAAUGGUUACCCUCUCCAUGCCCCGGAAGCCUACUUCCCCUACUUCCGCCAGCACAAUGUCACCGAUGUGGUGCGGCUCAACAGGAAGAUCUACGAGGGCCGCCGCUUCACAGACGCCGGCUUCGAGCAUCAUGACCUGUUCUUUGUGGACGGCAGCACUCCCAGUGACCUCAUCACCCGCCGCUACCUGCACAUCUGCGAAAGUGCGGAGGGAGCCAUCGCCGUCCACUGCAAAGCGGGCCUCGGCAGAACGGGCACUCUGAUUGGCUGCUACCUCAUGAAGCACUACCGAUUCACAGCUGCGGAGGCCAUCGCCUGGAUACGCAUCUGCAGGCCCGGCUCAGUCAUCGGACCCCAGCAGAACUUUCUGGAAGAAAAGCAGCACAGCAUGUGGGUGGAGGGGGAUCUGUACCGUUCAAAGCAGAAGUUGCAACAGCAGAGACAGCGGCGGCAGCAGGAAAGGGACAUGGCGCAUCUCAUCUCCAGCAUGGAUGACAUUUCCAUCACCAGCACCAGCACCAGCAUAAACUCUAGCAGCAUCAAUGAGAAUGACUACAGGGAAGAUAAUAUAGGUCUGACUCAGGGAGACAAACUACGAGCGUUAAAGGGCCGACGUCCACCAAGGUCCACCUCCAUUGCUCUCGGUGGGAUUUGCCCUGUUCCUGGUUCCAUUUCUCCUCCAAGUCCUUCCAAAGUUCCUCUGCCCUUCUCUGCCGCCCCAUCGCCACGGAGACUUGUACGAAGCCCCUCCUCCUCUGCCGGUAACCUGAAGAGCUUCAAACCCCGCUUAGCCCGUUCCCUUGGCAACCUCUAUGGCCCGGACGACUUCCAGGAGGAGGACGACGAGAGCGAGUCGUCUUCCACCUUCCCACCUUCACCCCCUGCCCCACUGCCUCUCUCCUCCGCUCCUCCUCCACCCCGCUUCGGCUUCGGGUACCCCCUUGCUGACCCCCGCCUGCCUCCCCCUGGCCCAAACUUCCACCCAGAGGUCAACAACAACCUCAACAACUCUCCUGGACCUGGGACAGUCCGGCUAAUGAAGAGAGCGGCUUUCAGCCCCAACAGAGGCCCGGUUAGGUCCGGCCUCAGAGGGCUAACAGGCCGCCCCCUCAGCCGCUCGAUCCCAUCCCUUCAGUCUGAAUAUGUUAAGUACUAAAGCUGCAGUGAUGCGUUGACAUCUGGACUGUUGACAUCUGGACUCUUGACAUCGACUGAAGGAAUUUUCUUCUGUAAGCUGCUACCUGUUACGGCACUCACAUGGACUGCUGGCUCAGCAUGUGUGGCAAUGAUCUUCAACAGCAAACCCAAAAAGGAAUGAAUCCAGUGCCUGGUUUCAGUGUCACUCUUUUUGGUCAUUAUGACUUUAUUUCUGUCUUUGUUUCUCCUGUUUAGUCUGUUUUCCAUAAAACUCUUACCACACGUACACAUAUCGUCAUGUUCUUCAUGUUUUCUCACAAUCAAGUUAGAAACCUGUAUUUCCAUAAAGUACUGAAAUACGUGGUUGGAUUGUUUUGCCACAGGACGGUAUAGAAACUUCAAUUGUUCCAAGCAUGUUUUGCCACAAGACUGUAUAGAAACCAUGAUUUGUAAAACAUGUUUUGUACAGAUAGUUUCUCUUGUAUUUGAUUUUAAAGUCAUAUUUGAAUACUCAUAUUUGAAAGACAACGGAAUUAAAU